AUGAAACCAAUACAAUUCAUGCCUCGGACUCAUAUUUUGGAUACGACUCGGAAACGGACCGGACAACUGGAAUACAGGAUUGGGACAUGGAAUAUUAGAUCACUUUAUAAACCAGGCGCACUUAAGUCUAUAAGUGAUGCGGUGAAGAAAUACAAGAACGUUCAAAUAGUGGCGCUGCAGGAGGUCAGGUGGCCAGGGGAAGGAGACAUGAGAACCAAUGGAAUGACAAUAUUUUAUAGUAGAUCAUCCAAUGGAAAGCAUGAGAAUGGAGUGGGUUUUUUAGUAAAUGACCAGUUGUUACCUUCUAUAAAGAAAUUUACUCCAGUAAAUGAUCGCAUCUGUCAUAUUCGUAUAGCCGGUAAACAAUAUGACAUUAUACUGAUAUGUGUAUACUCACCCACUGAAACGGGCGAAGAAGACCUGAAGGAUAUGUUUUAUGAUUAA